AAAGUUAUGGGACUAGGUACUGAUGGGGCUUCUACCAUGACAGGUACUAAGGAGGGUUUGACCGGUCACUUCCUUCGUGAGAAUCCCCACAUGAAGAACAACCACUGUGCUGCACAUCGACUUGCACUUUGCUCUGAACAGGCAGCUAAAGGUGUUCCUGGAAUGGUUAAAUUCCAGCAAAGCCUUGAGACUCUCUUUUAUCACUUCAAAAAGUCUCCCACCAAAGCUGAUAAACUUGAAGCAAUCCAAAACCUGUUGAAUGAGCCGUCUGUCAAAUAUCGUGAGGUCCAUCGGGUCAGAUGGCUGAGUUUCUAUGAAGCUCUUGACUCGGUAUAUAGAACCCUGGACUCUUUGUUGUCCUACUGCUCCUCAGACACUAAAGGUCCCAAAGUUGUAGGUCUGAGGAAGAAAGUUGGAAGUGAGAUAUUCAUCAGCUUAACAUAUGCCAUGAUGGACAUUCUCCAGCCUAUCAUGAGGCUGAGUCUUGUGUUCCAGAAGAAAGACUUGGACCUUGGAGUUGUACAGUUACUAUAGGUAAAUUACAAUUAAGUUCUACAAUAUAUUACUCAUACCAAGACAUGCCAUAACCCCCUGGAAAAGCCCACCUAUCUUCAAAGGUUACCCAUAGAUUUGAAUGAUGGAUGCUUCAAGGGGCACC